AUGCCCGAGCGCAGGGGGGGGGGCGCGCUGCGCACCGAACACACGCACCGCGACGUGCGAUGGUGCCUAGACAGUGGCGCCACCUCCCACCUGAGUAACUCGGCACUCGACUUCGACACGAUCCGUGCCGAAAAAGGUAUCGAACUGAAUUUGGCAAACGGCUGCUCAACGAGCAUACGCGCGAGAGGUGAAGUAUCCCUAAGCGCAAACGUCCUAGGUAAGGUCAAAGAUUUUCGUUUGAUCGACGCCCUACAUGUUCCUGACCUGCGCACUAACCUCCUGUCAGUCGGAAAGAUCACUUACAAAGGCUACAAGGUCAUUUUCAACAGGGACACGGCCACCGUUUGUGACAGCCAAGACGUCGUCAAACUGGUCGCCGAUCGCUUGAACGGAUUGUACUACGUACGCGAUGCAUCGAGCCGUUAA